AUGAAAGAGGACGCGGAAAAAACUAGGAACACCUCGAAAGUGUGUCUGGAGCCCUCCCUGGCAGAUCUCAGAUAUCUGGCCAAGCACCACAGCAGCCCAGUCUACAAAGAGUUGCGAGUACGUAUGGGCAAGCGUGGAGGAUGGGAUUCAACCUCCAGAAAGGACCACGACUAUGGCUACGACUCUGCCUACUGGUCGCAGCCUGGAGCAUCCCAGGGCCGUGGCGAUUGGACACAUGGCAAAGGAGCAGGGAAGAAGCAGGGCAAGGAGCACAAACCCGAGAGAGCCCAGCCGUCCCAACCAGCUUUCCCGUCCUACGAGGCGAUGGCUGUGAAGGGAGGAAAGCAGGGCAAGGGCGGUGCCAAGACCGGUGGCAAGGCCCAGCCGGACCAAGAGCCCAUCCUGGAAGGUGCGACGGGCGAGUUGGCCCGAUACGUACAGAAGCUGCUGAACACACUACGAAGGUCAGACAGCAAGCUCAGACGUUGCGAGAUGGAGAAGGACGAGGCACAGGCCAAGUGGGAGACCUAUCAAAAGAACCUCAAACAGUCCUUCAUCCAGGAGCGGCAGAAGUUCCACGAGCGCCUCGACAAGGUCAAGACCGAACAAGCGGAGCACAUGAAGCUCAAGGAUGGUGCGCUCCAAGAGCUCCAGGAGAUGGUGGCCAAUCCUGGACAACUGAGGCGACCCAGGGAGGAGCCGGCGGUCGAUGUGGAGGCAGAUGCGGAGUGGGACGAGCUCAUGGCAGAGCCAGCCGAUCCAUGGGCAGCUCUCCCCGAACUGUUGGCAGGGGCAGCAGUUGGUGGACGGGAGCUCCAAGCGGCAGCCAGACAGCAGCUCCCAAGCCCCACCAGCCACCACCGAUCUCCCCCCCAGCUACCGAGAAGUCUGCCCUACCCAGUGGCCAUGGAGACAAUGGAGCCGCCACGUACAGUGGAGGCGAGACACCAGCUGGGCAAGAUCCAUACCAAACCUCGCCGUCGACAACCGGAAAAGCGUGCAAAUGCCCUGGCAGAGCAAAGCAUGAUGAGAGUCAACCUGGUGGAGGACGACGACGAGGACGACCCCAUUAUGGAGCCCCGGGACAAUGGCCACGACCGAUGGCAACAUGAUGUACGGGACAUCAUGGAGGUGAUAAAGUUUGUGACGGAGAAUUUCCUGCUCUACCUCCUCCAAGGGGCCAUUGAGGCCCAGGAACAGGCGGCAGGACUUGGGUUGACGAUCAUGGCUGUCAGCACCCUUGCUAUGGCUGCCUUCCUAGGACCAAGAUCUGGGAACAAACGGCGGCAUGGACGAAUUUCAGCCAGAAUUUGUCUGGCUAUCGGACUUGUAUGGCAGAUCAAACCGGUAGCUGCCGGACCAAGUCUGAAGCUCCGAGGGAACGGUCCUGUUGGCCUUGGACCCAGAAGCGACAUAGACUUUUGGAUGGCCGGACAACGCCCGCCAAGUGAACAGCUUGCGGCAGCCAUGGCCAGAUGCAUACAAGAACUGCCCCUUGAACACAACUGGGCAGAAGCACAUGACCCCCGCUAUGAGGUGCCGGCUGAGCCACCGGAGUUUGAUGCCAAUGUUGUCGACAUCGCUACGGUUCAUGCCACCGCAUGGAUAGCAGCCCCGUACUACGAAGCGGAGACCAUCGACUUCCACCUCCGCAUACCCACGACUUUGGCCCAGCUUCAGGAGGCGGUGCAGCAAACUAGCAAUCGGGACAAAGAUUAUGAAAUGGAGUUUGCCCCGACCAUCCCACAACUUGGCGAGGGCUAUGUGAGCUACGUUGCCUACCCCAAGUGGCUCAAAGACACAGAGCGUGUGACAUUACUCAUUGAUGCCACGGACAUUGGGGGCGGGACUUUCGCGGCCUAUGUCCCGAACCCAACGACGAGGGAAAGAGUCUUGAUGCACUUGGUGGAAGGAUGGCCGGCUGGGCUUCGGGCCUUCCUUGGGGGCCAUGACCGCCCCAUGCGAACCGGACACGAGUAUCAUGUGCUACCUGGCACCCUCAUAAAAAUCAUGAGGCCACAUGCGGCGCCCAGAUGGAAAGAUGAGGUGGCCAACCGUCUUCAAGACCCACGGCGUUGGAGCCCAGAGGCGGUACUACCGGGACCCCUGGAUGGGCUCCACAUGGUCUACCAAGCGGCGGAUGAUCAGGUGUUGGAGGAGAUUGCAUCUGACGACGAGAGACCCUUAGAAGUGUCGGCGGAAGAAGCCCUGCGCUACGAGCACGGGGACGUGUGGGUAAAAGUGCCCAAUGAGCGCCUCCUGGACUUAGCACAUAUGGGGCGUAGAGUUUGGGGCCAGGUUGCUGUCUUGGAUGGGUGGGAGCAACACGGACACAAUGCCCCGGUGAUCUUCGCUGACAUCCGGGGGCUGGCCUUGUUUCCACAGUGGCUACAGCUAGAGGGCACAGUCUUCAAGCCUGUUGACUUCUAUGAAACUCUGGACCUGCCGCCACUACCGGGAUGGACCUUGCUUGUGCAGGGAGGAAACCCCAGAGACGAUGGCGAAAAUAUUGAUGUGGCUGACGGGGAAGUGCUACACUUGUUUUUGGCCAAGGAUGACUCGGCGGAGAAUGCAGAGUCAGAGGAAUCCUCUGGUGGCGAUGGAGGGGACGCUGGCGACGGAGGAGAUGAUGGGUCUGACUCGAGCAGCACCUUUGAUGCGAUGCCCGACUCCGAAGACCUCACGACGCCCAGCCCCCAUGACCAUAAUGGACCGCCAAGAGGCCCACCCCGGCCUAGACCGGUCAAUGCCCCACCGGACCGAAGCCGCUCGCCCAGAAGACAUGGGGACCAUGAGUCUGACGAGGCGUGUACUACUGUUUCUGAUGCACCCUGUCUUCUACGUCUCCAUGACCAUAUUGACGGCCCCAACUAUGACCUCACACGGAUCAGCCUCCCACUGCCACAUCGAGUUGAUGAUAUCUGGCCGCUAUUCUGUCCAUGGUCCGGUGAAUGGCUACAGUGGAACCUCGAGGGCAUCGACAUGAAUGCUGAGGCCGAGACGGCAGUACGGCAGGCCUGCCCUUGGCAACAGCUCUUGAUGGAUGAGAGCCAUGAAGCUCCGCAGAUCCAUAUUUACACGGAUGGAUCUGCAAAUGAAAAGGAAGGAAUCAGUGGUUACUCGGCUGUUAUCUUGCUCAAGCUCGGAACAGCCUUUGCCAUCUUCGGACUCCUCGGUGGCCAAUUGUUGGGCAAACCGGCCUCGCAGUGGCCCCUUGCAGGCCCGGCGGCCCUUACCGCGGAGCAAGUGGCUGUAGCGGCAGCCCUACUUUGGGCUCUACAAGCACGGGCCCUACUACCACGGAUUGACUGUCUUCUACAUGUGGACUGCCUUGCUGCAGGCAGGGCGGCGGAUGGAAGCUGGUCUCCGGUUGAUGCCCUCUCCGUGCAGGUGCACAAUCUUGAACUAGCCCUACGCGAGCUGGAGGGGGUUACGGUCCAGAUCGCGCAUGUGAAGGGCCACUCUGGAGAUGGAUGGAAUGAGCUCGCGGAUGCUGUUGCAAAAAGUGCCUCAAGAGGUCAGCGCUCCUUUGCUGAACCACCGGAAGCUACAUGCAGAGCACUCCUCGACACCAAUCUAGAUUGGCUCGGUUUUGAGAUGGCGGCCAGAAAGAAUGGGGGAGCUCAAGUCUAUGACGGCAAUCUGUGUUGGUCGGAAAUGCCAAGACAGCCCCCCCUUCUACGGCCUGAACAGCUCAUCCCUACAGAGAUGACACAGCAAUCUGCUGCCCCCGACCACAGUAGCGCUUUCUACCUCAAGGCCUGUACUUUCAACGUUCAAGGCCUGGGCGGCAACUUCCGCUACAUGGAGGAACAGUUUGAAAGCGCGGAGUACAAUGUGGUGAUGAUGCAGGAGACUAAGACGGGAGGUGGACAGUGCCAAAGCCAGCGAUACUACCGCUUGGCAUCGGACGCACAGCGUCAUUGGGGCACAGCCAUAUGGCUCAGCAAGACCAAAGGCAUCAUGGAGCUUAAUGGUCAUGCAGUCCACCCGGAGGAGGCCAACACCGCUGUGGUCUGUGCUACGCCCAGGCUCUUGGUGGUUGUGAGCAAGAUUGGACAAGCCAAGAUUGGGAUUGUGGCAGCCCACUGUCCACAUGCCACGAAGCCGAAGGAGCGCAGCGACUUCCUGGAGCUCCUGACUCGGCACUUGGCUAGCCUCAAGAAGGUCCAGCUGCUCUUGAUGGGAGUUGACCUCAAUGGCAGACUCCCGCUGAACUACCCCAACGUGAGCGGAGACCUGGAAUUCCAGGACCCGGAUGCCCAGGGGGAACAGGCUGCCCAGAUCUUCCAGGAUUGUGGAGUCUGGGCACCGUCCACAUACGCAAGUAUCCACGUGGGGGAGUCGGCCACCCAUGUCCACCACACAGGCCUUGAGAGCCGUAUUGACUACCUGCUCUUGGGUGGUACUGCCCAUGUCUCCAGGGCUCGGAGCUAUGUUGACCAAGAGAUCGACAACGGCAGUCCGAACGAUGAUCAUCGAGCUGUUGCGGUUGAACUCCAAGGAGAACUGUGUGUUGGACACCUACGCGGGCGCCUCAAACGCCCUCGCUAUGACCUCGACAAGAUGAACACGGCGGAGGGGAGGAGACUAAUGAGCCAGGCCUGCCGUGCAUUCCAACAGCCAGCGUGGGAGGUCCACCCGGAUGAACACUGCCACAGAGUAGAAGUGCACUUGAAGCAGACCCUGGAGACCUACUUCCCCAAACCGGAACAGCCCGGAAGAGCCUCCUACAUCCCGAGCGAGGUAUGGGCGAUCAGGAGACGAAAGGGCCAACUACGGUGGCGAACCAGGCAUCGACGCGGACUGUGGAGUGGUAUGCUUCGAGCCGCUGUACAUGCUUGGAAGGAGAACAACCCGACCCCCUUCGUUGCCCGUCUCAAAAAGCAGGCCCUCCUCUACGACCUUGUGGCCGGGGCGGUCCGCAUUGCCACGGACAAGAUCCGUAAGAUGAUUGCUGCGGCGAAGGACCAAUUUCUGCGCGGACUGGCAGCUACGGGGCCCACCGAUGUGGCGUCCAUCCUACAGCGGGCUAAGAAGGCGGGAUUGGGCAGCAAGGCCCGCCAAAUGGUUGGAAGGUCCCUGCCGAAGCUCAUGAAUCCUAGGACUGGGGCGGAAACCACAUGCGUGGCUGAACGUGACACGGUAUGGCUCCAAUUCUUUGGCGAGCAGGAAGUUGGGCACAUCCUGCCAACAACCCGGUUCAUCCGGGAGGCCCAGGCCAGUGGAGAUGAAGUCCGAGAUGAUUGGCAGUGGAAACAUCUCCCGAGCACUGUCGAGAUUGAGGAGGUGCUGCGAACGACUGCCCGCAACAAAUGCGCAGGUUUGGAUGGAGUUCCGAGCGAUGCCCUGAGAUGUAGCCCGAGCGACUUUGCCAGGAUGAUACAACCCCUGUUUGUGAAAGCCCUCUUAGGAGGGCGACAACCGCUGCAGUGGCGAGGAGGAGUUUUGUUCGAGGCAUACAAGGGUGCUGGAGCCCAAUGCGACGUUUCCAGCCAUCGAAGCUUGUAUAUCUCAAGCUUCAUUGGCAAAUCCCUGCACCGUGUGAUGCGGGGUAAGGUGCGGGAUCAACUUGAUGCUUUCUUGCAUCCAUUACAUUGUGGAAGCCGACAAGGCAUGCCUGUUCUCUUCCCCUCCCUGUUUGUUAUUGAGCACCUGCGCCGGUGCCUCCAACAAGGCCUGAGCACGGCAGUGAUCUAUGUGGACACCAAAGCUGCCUACUACAGGUUGGUGCGACAGCUAGCUACAGGCGAUUUGGAGAUUGAUGCCAAUGUCGAACGACUUUUUCAUCGAUUUGGCCUGGACGGCGAGGAUAUGACCGAGCUCCGGGACCUCAUCCUUGACGGGGGCAUGCUGCAAAUGGCGGAGAUCGACGGGCCGAUCCGGGCGGCUGUCCGCGAUUUCCAUCGCGACUCCUGGUUUACCUCCCGCUUCACGGAUGGGAGCGCUAUUUGUCGCUCUACAGCGGGAUCAAGACCGGGAGCAUCAUGGGCUGACACGGUGUUCGCUGUGAUAUAUGCCCGAAUACUCUACAGAGUCCACGAGUGCAUGGAAGGCGAGCAGAUAAAUUUUUCAUUGCCGUGGAACCAGGAGCAGGGGAUCUUCACUGAUCAGCCGGGUGAUCAAUGGCAAUCGGCCUUUGACACCACUUGGGCUGACGACAGUGCCUAUGCCCUGCAGGCGGACACACCGGGUGAACUCCUGAGCCGCGCCAGCCGGGUCGGAUCACUGAUCCUAUCUGCCUUUCGCUCCCAUGGGCUCGACCCCAACCUCAAAAGACACAAGACCAGUGCUAUGAUAAAGGUCAGAGGCCCUGGGGCCAAGAAGGCAAGGCGUGAAUACUUUGGCUCUGGCAAGCCUGAGUUGGUCCUUCCGGACCUGGGCGAAGGCAUCCCGGUCGUCCCGUCCUACAAGCACUUGGGAUGUGUUCUCGACAUUGAAGCCCGGCUCCAUCUCGAGGCCCGCCACCGCACUGCUUUGGCAGCGGCGGCGUAUGAGAAGGCCAAGGACCUGCUGCUUCAGAACAGAGACCUGUCUUUGAGUACCAGAGCACUGCUCUUCCAGGCAGCCGUGGUCCCUUCCUACUACAACCUUGAGGUAUGGAUAGCGGAGGGGAAGCAUUGGGAGCAGCUUUGCGAUGCCUUCUCACGGCUGGUCCGACGACUACUUUGCCGCGACAUCCCUGGGGAAGAUUUAUUCCGAGUUCCCCUCCCACUAGCUCACUGGGCGACGGAUUGUUGGCCAUUGGGGAUGUUUGCACGGCGCAGUCGAUUGUCUGCCAUUGUUUCGCUUGCUAAGAAGGGCCCACCUGUCCUCUGGGCCAUGCUGCAAAACGAAACAGACUGGUGUGCACAGGCCCGACGUGACCUGCUCUGGCUCACGCAGGGAGAAGAAGACCAAUGGCCGCGAGUUGAGGCGGCGGCGUGGCCGCAGUGGUGGCACCUACUACGGUCCCGACCGGAAAUGGUCAAGCGACGCGUGCGUAAGGCCAAUGAGCGGGACUUCCAGUACUACAAGCGACGAGCUGCGAGUGAUGUGUGCCAGUGGUACAUGUAUCGUCAGCUUCCCCCAGAGACUUGUGCGGAGGAGCCGCUGCAGCCCUGGACAUGCGGCAUCUGCGACAAAAGCUUUGGGAAGAAAUCGGCGCUCAGUGUCCACUUCUUCGGGGUACACGGCCGCAAAGCUGAGUACAGGUUCUUCUUGCAAGGAACUACAUGCAAGAGCUGUGGGAAAAACUUCCACACCCCGGGGCGGCUGGAGGAUCACCUCCGGGCUACUCGAAAGUGUGUGCGAGUACUACAGCGAGUGCAGAAACCUCUGGCACAGGCACCCCCAGGCUACGGUAGCCGUGGGAGGAGGAAAACCGAGGCAGACCAGUAUACGCCAGCCCCGCCGACGAUGAGCGUUGUGGACAGCCAUGACGGCAGAGAGUCGGAGGGGCGACAGUGGAAUACCUGGCAGUGCCAACUGCACGAGAGGCUCUGCGAUACUCUUCUUGAGGACUUCGUGGUGGAAGAGAUCGAGGAGCAAAUCGAGCAACAGCUGAGGCGCUACCCCCUCUUCUACGACGAGAUCUGUGAAGUUACGCAGCACUUGCGUGAGGAGAUCGAGAUGAUCCAUGCGGAUCACGAGUUACAGCAAUGGAGCAAGGAACAGUUUACUGCAAUGCAGGCUGGGCUGCUCCACUACGAGCAGAAUGGCUUUGGCAGAACUUCGAGGACUCAGCGAGAGACCCAACGCCUUUCCUCAAGGGCAACGUUCUGUGCCGCAGUAGCGAGUUUCGACUGGAUGUCGGCAUACUUGCGACUACGGGGUGACAACGGGACCCAGAAAUUGCCGCUGUACAGCUUGUCUGAUAGUUGGGAAACUGCGUGGCAUCAGACAUGCAGCGGCGAGAUCAGCGCAGUCGUGGUCAAAGACCCCUUGCUUUUGCUCCCGCAGGAGCUGAAGGCCGUCUGGAAUGCCCUCAUGAAAGGUGAGUGGCCAAGACUGAAGGCCCCAAAGAGCUUCUGGGAGAACCCCCUGGCAGCACCGCCAUCUCCACAGGAGGACUGGGUCAAGCGACGAGGAGACCGGGUCCGAGAGCGGCGCAGACGGUUUCUCGGCCGGGUAGACCUCUUUCUCCUCGGUAGCUAUGGCCGAUCGACACCUUGCAUCGGCAGCCUCUGCAUGUUUCACGGCAAUGGUCGGGUCCACCAGAGCCCGCAGCGGUUCGCUGCGCUGGUCGAUUCCGCUGCACACGGUACUCUGGUGCUCGUGCUGCUGGCCGAGCUUUGUUUCCAAGGCACGGAAAUCAAGACCCAGGCAUGGGCCGUACGCCGGCUCAUCAGCAUUUUCUCCAGAGCCACCAAGCGACCUCACAGUCCCCGCUGCUCCCGGUUCCGACAAAUGAUGCUAGACGUUGGUUUGGAAAUCAGCCAUGGAUCCUUAGCUGCAGACCUAGGGAAUGGCCCAUCCGAUGACGAGUCAACGGAAGCUGAUAGUGAUGAUGAGUCUUCAGAAAGCGAGACGGAGAUAGAAGAUGACCCCGUUGUCGCCGAAGCUUCGGUGCCCAAGGGACCUUUGCCGCCUUUCAGCGCGAGUGCUGUUGCUACGGACAUUGCCCCAGCGGGCGAUGCUGGAUCGACGGCCGCAUCUUCGUCUUCGCCGCCCUCGAUCGUGACCCCGCCUCCCAAGAAGGCGCCGGCAGGUGGUGAUGAUGAUGAGCCACUGACACCGAUGUCAUUGGCAAAAGUUCGUGGUGAACACUACACCGUCAAAGAUCGUGUCACGGGCUACGCUUGCCUACAUUGUGGGCUUGGUGGUGAUAUCAGGUGGAUUCGUGAGCAGCCUUGUAAACCCAGCCCAGCCAAAGACUCUGCUAGCCCAGCCGAGACCCGAGCUACCACUUGGACCCCAUCACCGGAUGAACUUGCCCAAGCUGAAGCUUUGAGACAGCUCGAAGCCGAGGAAUUUGAGCUUACUGAGAUGAUCAGGCUACAGCAACUCCAAGUGGAAGAGGCCCUGUUGAGUGGGUUGCUGCUGGAACAGCGGGCCUUGGAGCUGGCGCUCCAAGCUUCCAAGCAAACUGUAAUCGAAUUGCCGAAGACUGAAAUCGAACGAAAGCCCAGCAAGGAGGUCCUGGUCACCCCGGAGCGAAACCCCCAGGAAAUCCCAGUCACCACAUGUGCCGUACCGAAGCGAGGCCCACAGGAGAUCCCAGUCACCACAUGUGUCACAGCAACACCAACCAUCGUGCCAGCAGUGUCCGUUGUUCCUAUGGAUGUUCGCAAUCUUCCUUACGGCACUGAUGCUAUGGACACUUGUCCGAUGGAUAUUGAGCAGAUGGUCUACAAUUCUCCAGAGCGGCCUAGCACUCUAGGUGAUAUCGAGCUUCGUCGUGAUGCUUCCAUGGACAUGCUGCUGGCUGCAGGGGAGGAACCAGACACAUGUGCAGUACCAGAGAUUGCUGUCGUUGCUCCUGCUGCAACAGAUGCUUCUGUGAAAGAUGUUCAAGCUCCUGCUGCAAAAGAUGCUUCUGUGGAUGAUGUGCUUUGA